UGUUUUAGUAGGAAAAUGUCGUCUGCUGACAACAUGGAAAGAUUUGCUGCGAAAGCUGCACUGCGUACACGAAUAAAAAUCGCCUUGAAACAACUGCAAUGUAGUGAAAGGACCAGACAAUCGAAAGAAGUUACGAAACAGGUGUUGGCACAUCCAAAAUAUGCAUCAAGUCGUGGGAUUGCUGUCUUUUUGAGCAUGAAUGACGAGAUCGAUACAAGUAACAUUGUACGAGACAUAUUCGACAGUGGGAAACACUGCUUCAUUCCAAGAUAUCAGGAAUCAGACGGACACAUGACAAUGAUUAGAAUGCACACAUAUGAAGAAUUGGAAAGUUUACCGAGAACUAAAUGGAAUAUUCCACAGCCUUCAGAAAUAGACCAGAGAGAAGACUGUUUACAGACUGGAGGUUUGGACUUAAUACUUACUCCUGGUUUGGCUUUCACAAAAGCAGGGCACAGGCUUGGACGUGGUAAAGGUUUUUAUGAUAAAUUCCUUAUUACAUACAGUUCCGUGUACAAACCUCCAUACUUAAUUGGUUUGGCUCUGACUCCUUCAAUUGUGGAUUCUAUUCCUUGUACAUUGAAUGAUUUUAAGAUGGAUGAAAUAUUGUAUGAUAAUUUGGUAAAUCAUUGAACUAUAAGUUACAUCUAAAAAAAACUUGCAGCACUUAAUCCAGUUUCUAAUUAUAUAGCCUUCUUGUUCUAAGUUGAUUUUCAAUAUGAUUCAUGUACCAAACUGAAAUUGUAGUUACUGUUGGGAUAACAUUUUAUUUGAAAUACCCCAGGAAGUCUACAAGGUUUUGCUAUCAACAGGUCUCUUUUUUAACUUCUCUGAGAAAUUUGAAUUAAUAAAAAAACCACCUCCUCAAAAAAAAGGUGUGAUUUGAAAAUCAUUUCUGUAGAACCAUACAGGAACAUAUUGCGCUUUAAUUAAAAGCAAAGUUUGAUGCAAAGAUGUAUUCAGAGUAGAAUUUAUUUUUAAGAUAUACCUCAUCACGU